AUGGACCGCGAAGGUACCCAAGAUAUAAUAAAUGCAUACCUCGGCAUUCAGCAGGACCCUUCGAGACAGUCUUCACUCUUGCUUGACGAUGCUUGGGAAUCCGACCCUCUCAUGGAUCUCCUGAAUUACUCCCCAUCCAGCCGUAAAGCAUCCCCACUCAGGCAGUUCUCACCAACGAAAUCAAUCGAAAGCCCGUUGAAAUCCCAUUACAAGAAUCUUAGGGGUAGUCCGACCAAGGUGUCAAAUUCAUUGCCGCAACGUCGUCGCUCUUUUGGAAGAGGGCAAAUCGACCUCGACCUAGAUCUCGACCUCGACAUUCUUUCCAUAGCGGACUUAGAUGACAAUGAAGAGGAUCAACUACGAGCAGUUGAAAAUCAAGCCUACUCGUAUCUUCCGAGUACCAAGUAUGCACUGUUUAUAUCCAAAUCUACUGUGAAACUCAGGCAGACCUUACUCGCGGAAGUCGAAAAAAGAAAGAAUCUAGAGCAGAUAGUCUCAGAUCUCAAAUCCAAAGUAUCCAACUCUUCAGAUCUCCAAUCCCAUCAUGAUACCCUAAUAAUAAAGCUUCGUGAACUUCAGCGACAAAACGGGGAGCUUGAGCAAAAGUUGGAGAGAAGUGAGAAAGCUAUUAAAGCGUCCCAACUGUCGCAAGAGAAUGCGAUGCUACGGCUGAAGCUUGUGAAAUACAAGACCUUGUAUGAGGAGGCCGCAAAGUUACAAAGUGAGAAGAAUUCCCCGAAGGGAUGUACCUCACCCGAUAAGGUAUUGGGAACCAGUGAACGCAUUGCAAAUACGACGUCAGGUUCAGACCCCCAAGAAAGGCUGACUGAGCUCGAUAUCUUGUUUAGUAGGUUGACAUCAAUUUUCAAAGAUUUGGAUAAAAAUCGGAAUGGAGACUUAUUGUUGACAGAUAGCCACAUUCCACAACAAGAGACAAGCAAAAAUCUUCAAGCUUCCUGUAAUUGUCCCAAGAUUAACCUGGGGCAUGAAGCUGCAAAAACGGUUCACACAUCUGAUGAAGGCCGUCAACUGGGGAAUGACGAGAGCCUUGUCCAUGCUAAUCUCAGACCAAGCGGUUCUCAUACGUCCCCGGUAUCUUCGACUUCGCAUGAACAAGUUGCGCAUGUUGCUGAGAUUAUUGAACAAAUCCGUCAUGAGAUUCAUAAUAUCAAUGCCACACUACGUGAUAAUGGACAGCUUAGAAAAGAUACCAGCUGGUCUUCAAGCACUCGUCCCUCUAGUGACAAGAGCACCUGCAGUGCUUGUUCAAGGGCUGCAAGCAGAACAUCAACCAGGCCCAAUACCUCUUCCACACCUGAGGUCGGAGAGGAUGGUCAGGAUGCAACACGGAAUUUAAUGGGCAAGUACAAUUGGAACCGUACUAUUUGA